AAGUAUUUGAAGCGGCGUUUUUCCCAUAGUUGAGUAUACGGGUUGGGCAGGCUUUGACAAGGUGGAAGCUUGUGUCAUGAACUGCGCUCACACAAGCGCCAAUCUCAGCAGGAGACGGAAGGAAAUGUGAACUGAGGAAUGGCAAUAAGUAAGAAUGGCUUGAUCGUUGUGCUCCUCAUCGUCACGCUCUGCAUUUUGGAAACCGGAAACAUCUUCAAGUCGUCAAGUCCGGAACAGCUCCGCUUUGGAGAACAACACAUCAUUAGGGAGAAAAGGCAAGAGCCGCUCGGCCGGUAUCAAUAUGAAGUGUCCGUUGAGCUAAAUGUGACGAGUGUUGAGACGGUGGAUUACCUUCGUGGCCUGCUGCGCAAUAGCAGCUCUUCCCUCCCUCUGGGUCCCAGUGCAAAUUUGACACACAUUAACAUCACCCAAGUUUGCUAUCUCAAUGGGAGCAACUUCCAGUGCCGAUGCCAGGAAGAUUUUUUCUGGCCAAGUGACACCUGCGUGACGUACCAAGCCUGUGAUGAGAUUGUUAAUGACGCCUGCACAUGUAUCCGCCGUAUCCCCCCCGAUGGGCACCACUGCCAACCAAAGACAGGCCCACGGUUCGCCACAACGGUCAGAAACACGGCGGCGACUCUUGAAGCAACAACACCGACGAACACAUUAUUGGACACGACGACUGGAGUGCCAACGACACCAAUAGCCACAACAUUAACGACAACAGUCACCACCAGGGCGGCGACUCUUGAACCAACAACACCAACGAACACAGCACCAAGUUCUACAAGCACCUUCAAAACCAAAACAAGCGGAGUAGCCACAACAGUGACGAGCACGACGCCGCUUUCGACGACAACGGUUUCAAGCACUCCCACCGCGGUCUCGACGACGUCGGCAGCAACACCUCCGUUUGUUUUUGAAUACGUCAUCUCCAUUGAGCUGAGCACCACGAACGAAAGCACGAUAGAUCGACUGAGGAGCAUUCUGAGAAACGGGACUUAUCCCAUCGCCUUAGACGUCGGCGGCCACCCCGCAGUCUCUGAAAUCAACAUGACUACAGUUUGCAGUCCAAGCAGUAACGGUGUCCAGUGCAGAUGCGAGGAUCGCUAUCGUUGGUCAUGUGACCAGUGUUUCCUGCAUGGAUCAUGUGACAAGGUCACAGACGACACGUGCGGAUGCAUCGAGGGGAUUCCUCUGGAUGGACUCUAUUGCCAAUCUAUCGAUGAAAACGUCACUUCCGUCUGUCCCACCACGAGCGUCUUUCCGACAACAUCAUUUACAACAUUGGAGUCGACAACUGCAACAACUCCUGGAACGGAUGCUACGACAUUUCAAGCGCCGACAACCGUCGCAAAUACGACAAUAACAAAUAUGACAACUCAAGCACCAACAACUGUCGCAAAUACGACAAUAACAAAUACGACAACUCAAGCGCCGACAACUGUCGCAAAUACGACAAUAGCAAAUACGACAACUCAAGCGCAGACAACCGUCGCAAAUACGACAACUCAAGCGCAGACAACCGUCGCAAAUACGACAAUAACAAAUACGACAACUCAAGCGCCGACAACUGUCGCAAAUACAACAACUCAAGCGCAGACAACUGUCACAAAUACGACAACGCAAGCGCAGACAACCGUCGCUAAUACGACAACUCAAGCGCAGACAACCGUCGCAAAUACGACAACUCAAGCACCAACAACUGUCACAAAUACGACAACUCAAGCGCAGACAACCGUCACAAAUACGACAACUCAAGCGCAGACAACCGUCACAAAUACGACAACUCAAGCGCAGACAACCGUCGCAAAUACGACAAUAACAAUUACGACCCCUCAAGCACCGACAACUGUCACAAAUACGACAACGCAAGCACCGACAACCGUCGUAAACACGACAACGCAAGCGCUAACGUCUGCCACAAAGUCCACGACUACUCAAGCGCCAACUGCUGCCACAAAUACGCCAUCAACUCAAGCACCGACAAUCUUCCAAUUAGAGAUGUCCAUCCGAUUGGACAAAGAGUACACUCCGGAACUAAGCGAUAAAAGCAGCUCUGUUUACAAGGACUUUGAGUCUCAGAUCAGGCCUGUGUUAUUCGACCAGUACGGAAAGCUUACAGGAUUCGUCAGCGCCUCUGUGACGGCUUUCAGGCCGGGAAGCGUGAUUACGGACUUUACCGUUGAAACGUCGCGAGUGGACGCUCAGGAACUCGCCGGGGCGAAUCGGGGAUUCUCUGUCGCAGUGCAGCCGAUCGCUAGCGUCAUCGGUUCUGUUACUGCGCUUUAUAAUAGUCCCACUCAAAUCACAUUUCCGCCUGUGACCUAUACCGGAAGGUCAAUGACCUUGGGGUGCGGCCCCGCUCCCGAAAGCAUUCAGUUAGGACCCGCCCCUCGAGCUCGAUGGAAAUUAAAUGGAAAGGAAAUCAAAGCGGGCGGACGCAUCCGAGUCGCUUCAUCCGCCGGCGCGUCCGAGCUAACGGUUAGCAACGUGAUUCUGGCAGAUGCCGGGCUUUAUGAAUGUCACCUAAUAGGCGACGCCGUGACUUUUGUGCAAGUGGGACACGCGACGAAAAUCAGACAAGCGCCCAACGUCCGAGUGCCGGGCAAAGUCAACGUGAAGUGUUCAGACGGGGCCACGCAGCCGCUUCAAUGUUGCGUGCAGUCCGACUACGUCGUCAGGUGGUUUCUGGACGCCGGCGUUUUAGACUCCGAGGAAAAGACGGACGAGAAAAGCUACUGCAUUCUGCACCGAUACAGUCUGAGCGACUGCAGAGAUUCGCCGACCCGAGAAUUCCGUUUUACGUGCAGAGUCGACGAUCCGCAAGGCUUUGAAGAGACGACAACAAUGAGCCUUUUUAACGAAAACGUCGCGUGUAAUGAUCCGCUGUACGGGAGCGGACGACCAAACGACGUGUCGACCGUGGCGUGCGAUCCGGGUCAAGAGGGCAGCAGGACCGCCGUAUGCAGGGAGACGGGAGAAUGGAUCCUUUUGGAAGAUACUUGCAUCGUGACCGCAAUCAAGGACUUGCUGGUCGUUUCUGAGGAUUUGGUCGAAGAGGAAGCUCCGCAAUUAGCCGCAAAUCUUAGCGAAGUGGUCCAGGAGCAAAAACAAGAAAUCGCAGCUUCCUCCGCCACCAUCUCGGCGAUCGUCAGCAUCCUGAGCGUCAUUGCCAACGUUUCCACCCGAGUGAACGAAACCGUCAUGGAGAACGUGCUGGCGACGGUGGAUGUCCUCAUCGGCGACGACGCCAGAGAAUCCUGGCAGGUUCUGAGAGAGAACGUCACUCGCAACGACAGCUCCAAAUUGCUCAGCUCGAUGGAGACGCUGGCCGACGAGCUCGUCGGGGAGUUCGCCAUCCGAACCGCGUUCGUUCAGCUCAACAGGACCAAGUUCAACGACUCCUUCGCGGCGGAAUUCAACUCCAGCGUCGCCAUCGAUCUUCCAAACGUGGACGGCGACGAUGUCGAUAUCACCGUCAUGGUUUUCUCCACCCUGGACAACGUCCUGGCGCCUCGCAACGCCAGCUACGACGGCCCGUCGGCAAACGCCAACGGCACGGCGGCUUCCUUUAACGACAGCCUGAAUGCGGCGGUGGCGCUGGUCAAAGUCAAAAGGGACAUCCGCAACGUCACUCUGAGUUUCAAGAAGCGCAACGACUCGCUGACUCGGAAUCCGCAGUGCGUCUUUUGGAACUUCAGCCUUUUUGACGGCUUGGGCGCUUGGGACGACCAGGGUUGCGAGUUCGUUUCCGACACGAAUGACAUCGUGACCUGCAGCUGCGACCACCUCACCUCCUUCUCCAUUCUGAUGGCGACGGGCAUCCCCGAGUCGAUUCGAGUGGCUUUAGAUCUCAUCACGUAUAUCGGCGUGGGCGUUUCCAUGGCGAGCCUGCUCGUUUGUCUCCUCAUCGAGGCGCUCGUGUGGAAAGCCUUGACGAGGAACGGCACGGCGUUCAUGCGCCACGUGUGCAUCGUCAACACGGCCCUGUCUCUGCUGAUCGCCGACAUCUGUUUCAUCAUCGCCGCCUCUUACGCCAAGAACCCCCUCGAGAACCCGGGAGAGGACCACGCGGUUCCUCUGGCACCGUGUACCGCCGCUACAUUUUUCAUGCACUUGUUCUACCUGGCCCUCUUCUUCUGGAUGCUGGCGUCGGGUCUUCUUCUGUUCUACCGAACCGUCAUGGUUUUCUCGCAGAUGUCCAAGGCGGCCAUGAUGGCCAUGGGCUUUCUUUUCGGCUACGUUUGCCCCCUCAUCAUCGCCGUCGUCACCGUCGCCGCCACGGCCCCGGGCAAAGGCUACAUCAGGGAAAACGACGCCUGCUGGCUGAACUGGAGCAAGACCAAAGCCCUGCUGGCCUUGGUGAUACCGGCCUUGGUUGUGGUUUUUAUCAACAUCUUGAUCGUCAUCGCGGUCGUGUUCAAAAUGCUAAGAAGAGGCGUCGGGGAGGCGGCUCCUCCUGACGAAAAGCACACGCUGGUGGUCAUCGCCAGAUGCGUGAUCAUUUUGACGCCUUUGUUUGGACUAACGUGGGCUUUGGGAGUGGGGACCAUGGUUUCGUCCACCAAUGAGGGGAUCCACAUUGCGUUUGCCUUCUUCAAUUCACUGCAGGGUUUCUUUAUUUUAGUGUUUGGGACACUGCUGGAUUCAAAGAUCCGAGCCGUUCUCUCCAAAAAACUACCUGUAUCGAGGUCAGGCUCCGGCUCCAAUCAAACUGCAAGUACAAGUGCUGGUGUUUCUUCUUCAAGUGGUCUCAAAUGGUUGCGAAAACUACGUGGGAAAAAAUAUGUCUACCAUGUGUGGGAGGCUACAAAUUCAAACAGCGCCAGUGGCUCUGAGCCAUUCUCCAAUAUCUGAAUCAGAUGAAUAAUCACUCAUAAAAUGGGCUUUACUUCAGAUUUAAGAAAUCUGUCGCUCUGUACGAUUUAGUACAAUGUUAUAUUUUAACUGCGCCGAGUCAUCAACAAUCGUCGUUUCAAAACACUGCAGUGGCAUAUAUACCCGGCAUGUAUUCUUGGACUGAUUUGUGCCAGCACUGUGUGGAAUGCACGAUUUUGAAGUUACGCGCGGUUACGGGUCUGUUAAAUCGCCUUAAGCUUGACCACUAGUGACAAUGCAUUUGGUGAUGCUGAUGCUCACCUGCACACUCUAAACAUCCUACUUUGUUGUAAAAAAAUAAAACAAAUGGAAAAACGAAUUAAUUGUCUUAUUUUCUAAAAUGUAGCCCAAAAAAAGUACUUAAUUCAUGCACAAUUAAGCACCCUGACUUCAGCAAAGAUUGGUCAUUCUGAGGUUUUGUGGUUAUUAAUGGGUGUCAACACAAAAAAUGCCUGCCUUUUGUAAUCCACUUUAACCUUGGGCUACCUUGCAUCGCAUUCCACAAACAUGAUACUGAUGCAUCUUGAGUGACAGUUUUGGAAUGUUUCAUACUUGACCAAGCAUCAACUUUCUGCAUGACUGACAAGUGAAAACAUCUUGAUUGCAUUACAUUCAUUUAAUUCCUAACCUCAUGCGGGGGAAAUAAUGGCAUCUCUUCACGUUUUCAGUACAAAUCACGUAGGGUUAUGUGGAGUUACUUUGAAGAACAAAAUGUAUGUAAAAAUAAA